AAAGUCAAGUAUUCGAAAGUAAGGUUAUGUUACUUGAAUAAACAAUAAAUAUAAACAUUAUUUAAACCAAUAAAGUCAGUCUAAAUAUGGCUAAAAUAGAAACUUUGCUACAAUUGCAAUAAAAAUUAUUAUAAAUUAUUGCGUUACGAAUUUCAAAUUUUUUUUAAUGUAAAAAAGAUUUGCGUGAAGAAAAUGUCGGGCGAAGGUGCGAGUGCCGGUGCAGGUUCCCAAGUAGCACUUGUGACAGGGGGAUAUGAUCAUACCAUUAAACUUUGGCAGGCUCACAGUGGCGUCUGUUUAAGAACGAUGCAGCAUCCUGACUCGCAAGUCAAUGAUUUAGAAAUAAGUCCGAAUGGACAAAUGGUAGCUGCUUGUGGUUAUCAACACAUUCGUAUGUAUGACCUGGCCAGUGCUAAUCCCGACCCAGUGUUGAAUUAUGAGGGUGUUGUGAAGAAUGUUUCAAGGGUUGGGUUUCAGGAAAACGGUCAAUGGAUGUACACAGGCGGAGAAGAUUGCACGGCAAGGAUAUGGGAUAUAAGAAUCGGUCAUCCAUUCCAGUGCCAGAGGAUAUUUCAAGUGCCGGCGCCUGUGAAUGCGGUUGUACUCCAUCCGGACCAGUCGCAGAUCAUGGUUGGAGGGCAGAGUGGAAUCAUCCAUAUUUGGGACUUGAAGACUGAUCACAAUGAGCAGCUAAUCCCGGAAGCGGAAACCAGCAUCCAGGAUAUAGCCAUCGACCCCGAGGGGAAGAUGAUGGCUGCGGUCAACAACAAAGGGAACUGCUACGUGUGGUCGCUCGGCGGGUCCCCCCCGCGGCCCGUGCCCCGCAAACACCUGCAAGCCCACAAGAAGUACGCGCUACGCUGUAAAUUCAGCUAUGAUUCCACGAUGCUGGUGACGACGUCAGGCGACUGUUCUGCGCGAGUGUGGCGCACGAGUGACUGGUCGCUGAUGCGUGAGUUGCGACACGAAACCCAGCGCUGGGUGUGGGACGCCGCCUUCACACUCGACUCGAGAUACCUCUUUACCGGAUCAUCAGACAGCUACGCCCGCCUGUGGGACCUGGAGAAGGGCACGCUGGAGCGCGAGUACUGCGGACACCAGAAGCCAAUAACCGCGCUCGCUUUCAGAGACCAGGCUGUGUAAGAUUCAUGUAUAAAUCUACAUAAGUGUAAUCGAAGUGUGUUCCCGAGGUGCGUUAUUUAACAUAAGGGUAAUAGUUUUGUUAAUGAUAAAAUAUAUAUAAGUAAUUUACGUUGAGGCUUGUAUUACACGUCAAGUACAUUCAUUCUGUUCACUCAAGUGUAGGACCGGCUUUAACCGCCUAGGCGCUCCCGGCGAGUCAUGCAUAUGGCGCCUGUUUAUAAUAAAUUUUUUUUAAUUUUGUACAAUUUUCUUUAUUGUACUUUACAAUGUACCUAUUAGUCCGGUCCGAUUAUUAUUUGUCAGUAAGUCACGAAACACAGAAUUACAUUGCGAUAUAUUUACUCUAUCAGAAUAUCAGAGAUUUAAAAUUACUCGUUAACUUUAGUACAGCACAAUGUCGCAUGACUUCUUUGUUUUGUUCGUUUUAAAGUUCUCACUGCUCAAGUGAUUAUUUAGUAAUUAAAAAUUGACAUUGCCAAUAUCUAACUUUAUUGGAUCGGUUCACUAAUUAAUUAAAAACAAAAUUAUUGACACUUGAAUUCAUUAGUGAACCGUGACCGAAAAAAAAACACUUGACACUUGUUGUUUAGACUGCGUCACUUAAGUGAAACAGCAAAAAUUAAAUAUGCGACAUGAUUGAAAAAAGAACCGUUUGGUUCCAUCUCGUAUUCUUCCGAGUGUAACACACAUUAUUUUGGAAUAUAAAAAAAAAAACUUGUAUUAUAAGAAAAUAUGUAUCUAUAAGCUAUCUAUAAAAAGAAAACAUUUAGAUAACGAAGAUUUAUAAUUGAAUCUGCACACUAGAUCGACGACUGACUUUGCCAUAUUCGUUUCUGUUGUAAAUAAUUCUGAAAGGACUUGUGUUCAAUGCAUUUACUGUGUAAAUGAUGUAGCAUACUUGUAAAUAUAUUUUUAAAUGAAUAAAUACCUACUGCUGAUUAA